AAUCUGGUUAGUCUAAAUAAAUUGUUAGACGACGGUGCACGUUGUAAUUUAUUCUAGACAAUUCUGGUGCUAUUUUAUAUGAUACUCUAGCCUAUUUAAUACGCGAACCUAAAGCUAAAGUUUAUUUUAGCUGCGUCGUUAAAUCUGAAAAUGCCGAAAGCCUCCGUGUUAAAGUUGAACGAAGAGAACGCUGUUAAGGUUGACAGCUUCCACCAGUCUCUGUGCCAGCAGGCUGAAGAUCUGUUUUCAACUCACAUUCCUCUGAAGAUCUUGCAGCUGGACAACUUGCUGAAGGCCGAUGAACUCAGCCUCACCGACCUGUCCUCUGUCCACGCACCCCUGGACAUCCCGAUUCCGGAUCCCCCCGCCCCGGAAGAAGAGGAAAUGGAGACCGACAAAGACGAGGACGAGGAGAAGAAGAAAAAGAAACCUCCCAAGUGCGGCUACCUCAAAGGCAACGAGAAGAUUGUGAGUCUGCUGGACAGGGUGAAGCCGGAGAUCAGGGCGCUGAAAGAGACCUUCAUCACGGUCUCUUGCUGGAUUCAGCAUCUUAUCCCAAAGAUUGAGGACGGAAAUGACUUUGGUGUGGCAAUCCAGGAGAAAAUUCUGGAGAGGAUGACUGCAGUGAAGACCAAAGUGGAGGGUUUUCAGACCAACAUUAACAAGUACUUUUCCGAGCGGGGUGACGCAGUGGCCAAAGCCUCCAAAGACACUCACGUGAUGGAUUACCGCUCGCUGGUCCAUGAGAAGGACGAGGCGGCGUACUGCGAGAUCCGUGUGGUUGUGCUGGAUAUCCGCGGUUUCUACGCGGAACUGUAUGACAUCAUCAGCAAGAACCUGGAAAAGGUGACCAAUCCGAAAGGAGAAGAGAAGCCACCCAUGUACUGAGGACUGGGGGGGGGGGGGGAAGCAAUCCUGAGAACAUUCUUAUUUGCUGUUCUGUUUUAUUUCAUGUUCCUGAGAUGUACCAUAUCAUCCAACUCCUGUCCAGUACUGUCACACCCACGGGUGAUGCGAAUUUUCAAUUGGCACACACACUGGGACCAUUACGUUGGUGGUACCAAUAAAGCACAGCCCUCUUACUGCAGAUUCAGGGUCUCAAUAUUGUUUUUGUGCAAGCGGAGGUAAAUAAUGGUAAAGUGCUUUUAGUGCUUUUAGACAAUUUAGGCCAUAGCGGACCAUUGGUCCACACAGCGCUCUCUAUCCAGCCAGAGCUGAAACCCUUCACCCAGCAACACACGUGCCAAGACGUGCGUGGCACCCCACACCACACACACACACACACUCCCUAAUGAAUGCACACAAGAGUGUACUCAAGAGUGGCUGCCUCAGUGACUGUGCAGUGCUUGCACGCACACGCACGCAUGCACGCACUUCCCCCCCCCUCCCCCCCC